AUGGCCAAGUUCCUGGAAAUCAACGUCAUCUCCGCCCAAGAUCUGCCCCAGGUCUGCAAACCACUUGAGGCCUACGCCGUGGCCUGGCUCCACCCAGACCGCAAACUGACCACCCAAGUUGACCAAGAUGGUCACACCAACCCCACCUGGAACGAGAAGUUCGUGUUCCGCGUUGAUGACCACUUCCUCAAUUCCGACAAUUCCGUCAUCAUGAUCGAAAUCUACGCGCAGGCAUGGCUCCAGCCUAUCCUCAUUGGCACCGUCCGCGUAUUCGCCUCCAACCUCCUUCCAGCCAACCGAAAACCCAAGCUCCGCUUCUUCGAGCUCCAGAUUCGCCGCCCCUCCGGUCGGCCCCAGGGGAUCCUCAACAUCGGUGCCAUCCUCCUCGACAGCACCAUGCGGAGAAUGCCACUCUGUUCUGAGCUCAGCUCCUCCUCUGUCAGCCAUCAUGACCUAAUGGAAUCUAGGAAAAACAAAAACAGAAUUACCGAGGAAGACAGUGAUAAACAAUCGCUUUUGGAUUCUAGUCUUUUGACGCUACAACGUUCUCAGAGCGAGAUAAACGACUCGACCAUCAAUGGUUACGCCUACCACGGGAAUGCCAAACAUUGUGCCUACGAUGAGCAGGAUUCAGAAGUGGGUGUGCGGAAAGGGGGUUUCUUCAACGAAGACUCGCUCAUUUCCGACCAGAGGCCAUCGCCAUCGAUGGUGGCGGCGGCGAUCUCGAAGGGGUUGUACCCCAUGCCGCCGCCUCGGACGGCCGAGAGCUCGACUGUUGACGGGUGGUCGGAGAUUACAGGGACGGAAGAGAUGAAGAAGAAGCUGGAAAUGUGGAAAACGGAGCUUAGUCCGGCGUCUGAGGAUUACGACGACGAGUGGAGGAAGUUGGAGAGCUCGACUGUUGACGGGUGGUCGGAGAAUACAGGGACGGAAGAGAUGAAGAAGAAGCUGGAAAUGUGGAAAAUGGAGCUUAGUCCGGCGUUAGAAGAUUACGACGAGGAGCGGAGGAAGCUGAAGCAGACGUCCAAGCGCUUGGGACAGACGCCGAGGCGUGGCGCGCGGCGUGGUGAGCCAUCCUCGUGCUUUGGGACGGUGUUUGGGUGUGAGAUUACGAUUACUUGUUCGAGGGGGAACCAACGGAGGAAGAACAGAGGUGCGAAGGGUUGUCUAAAAAGGGCGUCGUCGGAACUGACUUACGAUAAAUCUUAUAUGUAA